UUUCCUCGUCUGCCCGCUCAAUUGUUCUACAACACCUUUUUACUUUAAUACCCACAGCUAUGAGUGGCAUGCGGGCGCACCUAGCGAGUCGCCUACGCAGCUCGUCGCUCAACGCAGUUGCACCGCGACCGGAGUCGACCGAGUACUCAACAUCACUCGCUCGAGCCGCUUCAAGCAUCCUGUAUCGUUCGCCCAUCCCCUCCAAAGAAAACAGGCCAAUAUACGUCCUAAAUGCUGCGGCCCUGCCAGAUUCUCGCGAGGCCGACUUCGACGCGCUGUUACCAUACGUGCUUGCGAGACUACCAGAGGAAGACGACUUAGUCAAGGGCUAUGAGUAUGAAGUCGUCUUCUUCGCGGGCGAUUCCGAUGGUUCGACGUCACUCAAGAAAAAUAGGCCUGGUUGGGGCUGGUUCCUGCAAGCUUAUCACGUCCUGUCACGGGCCAUGCGCAAGCGGCUGCAAAAGCUGUACAUUGUGCAUGAGAAAGCGUGGGUGCGAAUCCUCACCGAGAUCUUCUCCACCAUCGUGAGUCCCAAGUUCAGGAGGAAGAUCAUUCAUGCGUCCACACUUAGCAACCUCGCUCUCUACAUUCCCAUCGAAGACCUCCUCAUUCCUCCUUCGACUUACCUCCAUGACCGGCGCAUAUCUGACGACAUAUUUGCCCCAUAUGCGAGCGGUCGUCGAGCAUUCACUGCUCGCCAGCCACUCCCAAUUAGUUCCAAAGGCAAACCCCGGCUGCCACGCGUCCUCCGAGAGACAACCUGCUUCGUGCUCAUGGAGCAGAAUAUCGUCGCCGAGGGGCUCUUCAGAGUUCCGCCACAUGCCAAAUUGAAAGAAAUCCUAAAAGAAGCAUACGACAGAGGCCAGAAAUUCAUCGUUUGGAAAGAUAACGGAGCGACCCUUGCCAUCCCCGGCUAUACUCGUGCUGAGCACCUCGAUGAAAUCAUCGCCGAGAUAGACCAGAGAGAUGCCUAUGGAGUUCUAAUGGCCGCCGGAAUAAUCAAGUCGUGGUACGCCGAUCUCCGUCAACCGAUAUUUCCUCAGGCCUCAUAUAGAGACUUGAAGCGAUUCUUCAAUGACCCAGACGAUGUCCCCGAUCUCGAGAGACUAAAGGAUCUAAUCUCUCCUUCGUCAGAAUGGUCCUUUUUACCAGUUGUUUCACGCGAAAUCGUGACCAGGCAUCUGCUACCCCUCCUAGAUGCAGUCGCAUCCCAGCAAGCCCGUAACAAGAUGACCCCAGAGAAUCUGGCCGUCUGCUUUGCACCGGCUCUGUUGUGCGGCCCAGACCAAUUAGAAGACGCCAAGAUGUCUUCCAUAGUUCGGCGGAUUCUUGCAAUAGCGGUUGAGGCCUGGUCGGUUGGUCUUCGGGAUGAGUGCGGAGUAGAUGCAAUUAGUUUCGAGCAAGACCUCCGCCUGCCCGUUGAUUCAAAUGAUUGGGAAGAUCCCCUUGAAGGUAGGGCAUAUUGUCCGGAAAUGGAAGUAGAUGAUGAAGACAACCAAGUAACCGGCAUCAUACUUCAGGACAACGAGAGCAGCCCUCGCGAGAAACCCCCUCCUUUACCUCCUCGCUCUACGAACUCACAACCUCGAUCGACAUCCGGUCGUUCUUCUCAUGAUUCCGUGACUAAGCGAAAACCAGCCCCUCCACUCAUGGUACCCCCAAGAUACUCUACCAUUGUCUCGGAUGACACUCACGACGUUGCGGAAUCCCCAACAAGCUAUUCUGCAGUGGCGGAUGGAUUCGCGCCCCCGCGCCCCUCUCAAUGGGAGUUCCCCGACGAGAAGAAAUCUGGUACGAACAGUGUUGGCGAUUCUCAUCCUCCACCUCAAAUCAUUCUCCCCAAGAGGAAAGCCCUGACAGCAGAGCAGAUUGACAAUGCUGAGAGCGCCGCCGUAGGAGUACAGGCACGGAACUUGUCUGACCCAAGAAUGGCUUUGCCAGGUUUAGCAAAUCUUCCAAUCUCGGAAGCAGUGAAACGAAAAGCUAUUCCUCAUGUUAGAGAGCCCUCGGAUCAGAAAACACGAACAGAUAUGCCCUCGCACACCCAGCUUGACAACGCUUCUCCAUCGAAUGUUCCGUUUGAAACUUCAGCUAGGCCCCAAGCUCCAUCGACAGAGUUUCGUCGGCCGAGCUGGCCCGCGUCCACUUACAAACCCCCUAAUAUCACCUCUCUUGCUCGGCCAGUCCAUCCCCCUACAAAUCCCGUAACCAACCGCCCCCCUUCAAAGUCGACAUCAUUGCCGGUCCCUAGGCCAAAGCCACGCGCACCAUCUCCCGGCUUGCUUCAUAGAAUGCCUUCUUUCGAACCUUCAAAUAGCCCGGCACUUGCACCUCCCUCUAUCCCGCGCAAGCUGAAUAUGAAGAAAGCGUCAGUAGAUGACCUUCGCAGAUUGUACGAGGAGAGAGCUGGAACAGCGAAAUCGUUGGUAGAGGCUGGACGGCACAAACCGUCAUGAGUUAGGCGGAAUCAAGUCUUGUUCCCUCUGUUCUCGGCUUUUUAGAUGAGACAUCCGUGCUCUGUUUCGCGGGCCUCUUUUCGCGCGAAUACCCGGUCAAGCAGCGUAGUAGCUACGUAGACUGUAAUCAACCCCUCGUUGAAGGUGAA